UUUUAUGCUAAUGGUGACAACAGCGCGGCGUUGUAUUUAAUAAAUUUUCGAUCACAAAAAUUACAAUAGUUGUUCGAUACUUUACAUCGAACAGAAAGUAUCGAUAUAUCGAUACAAUUAAUUUCUCUUACAAGCCUAGUUGUACUUGAUAGUACUUGCGUUUGUUAUUCGUUGUAACAUGUGAUUUGUGUCGUGUCAUAAAAACGAAAUUAAUGAAAAUAAAAAUGUAAAUUUAGGCUAAAGCAUCAAAAGUUUCAGUAAAUCAAUAGUUGUCUUUGCUAAUAAACACAUGGAAGGCAUUUUAUGGAAAUGGACAAAUUACUGGAAUGGUUGGCAAACCAGAUGGUUUGUUUUAGAGAAUGGGAUUUUAUCAUACUACAAGUCACAAGAAGAAGUCAAUCAGGGCUGUAAAGGUUCAGUGAAAGUAUCUGUUUGUCAAAUCAAUGUAAAUCACAUUGAUAAUACUCGACUGGAUCUGGUUAUACCCGGGCAGCAACACAUGUAUUUGAGGGCACCUUCACCACAACAUAGACAAAAGUGGCUGGUUGCUUUAGGUAGUGCUAAAGCCUGUGUUGAAUCUUUAGUGGACACAAAAGGAACAGGAUAUGAAGACUCUUUAUGCCAUAAAAAAUCUGAAUUGCAUUUAUAUUGUGAUUUACUAAUGCAACAGGUUCAUGCAAUUAAAAGUGCAGCUAAUGAAGAAGGUGGCCCUGAAAUACAGAAAAUUGAAGAUGCUUCCAGUCUUCUUACUGCAACAUGUGACACCUUCAUAAGAACUCUUGAAGACAUAAUGAAACUAACUAACAACACUGUAACUAACACUGCAUAUGACAAUAUGUCUCUUCCUAAUUUAGCAAUUACCAAAUCUAGUGGCAGUACUAAAAUUCUGAAACCAAAUGUAGGCAGAUCUCUAUCUCAAGAGAGUAGAUGAGGUAGUUUUUUUUACUAGUUUUGUAACUUCAGGUAGUACCUUCUUCAAAUUUUCUUGUACAAGAAACUCUUUAAAAAGCCAAGGGUAUGCAUUGCAUGCAAGUGUGUGCAAUGGUUAAGACAUUACAUUAUACAUACUUUUGGGGCUUAGGCUUGUAAAUAGUUGAAAAUAGUACUCAUAAAGAUAUAUUAAAUAUAGGAGUAUGAAAUAGUGCAAUAUUAUGAAUGCAUAAUUUGAGCAACAUAAUUUGUUAUUUUUAAUGUUAUUCUUAAACUUAAUAAAUAAUAUGGUGUGAAAGGAUUAAUUUUGCUCACUGUGAUAAAAUAUUUACUAUCCAAAAUUUUCUGACAUCAUGGAUCUGUAACAGAUUAGCUAUUUGUUAAGUUUGUGACAUACUGUUUAAUUAAUGUCUGAAGACAUUCCAAUGUAUAAAUUAGGAAAGUUCAUUCCAAAUGCAGUAUUAAAUUUGUACUUUUGUGCCUAAAAUAAAUGAAAUUCUUUUAUUUGUG